ACGAUGCGCUCCCGCCUCCUUCUCUUGCGCCGUGCGGGGGCCCGCAAGCUGCUGCGCACCUUCACGCAGAGCACUGCCGUCCGCACCGACCUCCGCGCCCGGCCACAACUCCCAUUCCUCUCCGUCCCGUCUACGCGCACCCGCGUCCGCUACCUCACGACUGAGCGCAAGGCCCAGCUCAAGUACGAGAUCAAGACGGGCAUCAAGUAUACGGGCUACAUCUGGAUUGCUGGCGCCGCCUUGCUCGCCGCCUGGUUUGCCAUCGUUCAGGAGCGUCUCGAGCGCAGGUACCCCACGCCCCACGAAUGGCGCUUCCGGACGCGCAUGGACCUGCGCGGCGGCAACUGCGCCCGCUACGAACCCCUACCGGGCAAGCUCACAGACUGGCUGCAGGUGGGCUGGUGGUUCGAGACGACAAUUGCGCGGCUCCACGAUCCCAAGAUCGACGGGCAGGGCGUCAAGGAUGCGCCCCACGACUGCCCGCCGGGGACGAAGGACGUCACGGCCAAGUCGGAGGAAUGGAGAAGGGGUUACUUCGAGGCCAUGAUGGGCUACGCCAAGGCCGCCGAGUACAUGGACGGCUGGGUGCUGGAUAAGUCGAGGAAUAUUGUGUUCCCGCCGGGGGUCAUGAUUGGCCCGUCGAACCCCUUUCCCAAGCCCCUCCCCCCGGGCUACAAGGGCGCGCCGAGAGAGGAAGACUGUGAGCUGCGCUUCGACCCGCCUGAUGCCAUCUAUCUCCGGAUCCUGUGCACCCCGGGCUUCACAAACCGGCAGAGAAUCGAGGCCGGCCUGGCGUAUGCCUCCUGGCUGGAGUACAAGGGCAUAGCCGGCCCGGCAAGCAUUGUCUACGAAGACGCAGUCCGCCUGGCCGCAUCUGAGCGGCCAAACCUGCCCGCCGAACCGCUCGACAAAAAGACCUGGGUCCUCAACGAUGCCGCGGGCCCGCCCUCCGAAAACCUCCUCACCUCCCUCACAGCUUACGCCACCUUCCGCGCCCGCCAAGGCGACGUCUCCUCGGCCCUCCCCAUCCUCGUCUCCAUCCUGCAAGCCCGACGCAGCCUCCCCGAGCCGGAACAACCCGCCCCCGCCCCCGCAUCCCUCGCCGCGGCCCUCAACACCACCGCUCCCAACAAGAAGACCAGCACCACCUCCAAUCCCUGGUCCCUCCUCACCAAGCUCUUCACCCCGCCGGCCUACCCGCCCCCGCCGCCGGACGGCACCGCCCCGCCGGUCCGCGACCCGCUCGACCUCUGCCAGGAGGCCGCGCUGAGCCUGCACAUCGGCGAGAUCCUGUACGCGACCGCGGCCUCGCCCGCCGGCCGCGAGGAAGGGCUCGGGUGGACGCGCGAGGCCGUCGACGUCGCCGAGGAGCAGCUGCACCGGCUGCCGCCGCGGCGCACGGAGAAGCCCGACCCCGCCCGCGCCGCCUGCCGCGAGUGCCUCGCCACGGGGCUGGGCAACUGGUCGGCCAUGGUGGCGCGGCUGGCGCGGGAGGAGCGCGCGCGGAAGGAGGCCGCCGCGGCGGCUGCCGCUGCUGCGGGGCAGAAGGCGGGCAAGCGGCGGGCGGGCUGGUUUGGCGGUCUGUGGGGGGAAGGGGUUGCUGGGGCUGCCGCGAGAGCGGAGGAGAAGGAGGAGACCAGUCGGUGGGCGGCGGAGGAGAAGGUCAUUGAGGAGCGGCAGAGGAGGGUCCAGGAUCUGUUGGAGGAUCUGAAGCCGCCGCCGAGGGGUAUUCUGUCGUUCCUGCAGGCUUGAUUGGUGGAGCCGCGCCCGUGGAUGUCCUGGAUGGUGGGGUGUGUAUCGAUACUUGGUGUGAAUAUGUAUGAGCACGGGUGGAUGGUGUCGAGAAACCGCUCGUUUUCUGGAUGGGCAAGGGGAGCAAGGUUGGGUAAAUUUGGCGGGUGUUACGGUAGGAAAGUUGCAUAUCACAGGCAUCGGGAGCAACUAUGGGAGAUCAGGCCUUGAGAUUGAGGGAAUAUCUAACUGGCUGUACGAUCCUCGAUCUCGUUCGCCAGGUCCUUCACCUCGAAGUCCUUGCUCAGAGAAGGCGGCGACAUGCCCUGCUGGCCGCCGGCCUUCCCAUCUUCGGCCCCGUCGCUCUCGGAUGGAUUCGUCGCCUUUUCAACAUCGGGCUUGGCUUCCUCGUCUGCCAUUUUCGCAGACUCCGGCUGGAACUGCGCCUGACUGUCAUCACCCACGGCAUUAUCCUUCCUGGCCUUGGCUUCAGCUUUCUCGGUCUGCGCUUUCUUCGUCUCGGCGACACCCGUCUCCGGCGCACCCCACGGCGAAUCCAGCUC